AUGACAGAGAAUGGAGUGACCUAUGAGGAUGUGCAUAUAAAUUUCACUUGGGAUGAGUGGACUUUGCUGGAUCCUUCACAGAAGAAUCUCUACAAAGAAGUGAUGCUGGAGACCCACAGGAACCUCACUGUCAUAGGCUACAAUUUGGAAGACCAUAGUAUUGAAGAACUUGAUCAAAUUUCUAUUCAAUAUGGAAGGUAA